UGGAAGAAUGCAGGUUUGUCAUGCUUGUCUGGCAUGACUCUUAAAUUUGUCAUGCACGCCACCAAAGAGACCCACUUUUCUGUCAUGCAGAAACGCAGUCUGUCAUGCUGAAUAGGCAACACCUAGAAGCUCAGAAACGUGUCAUGCUGAGCCAGCACUUGUGGCUCCCUCCUGAUACGCCACCCAGCAUCACAAGCUUCCAGACCCAGACAUAUUUGCACUGCAUAUUAUUGGACGUUGAAGAAGCCUGUUGCUCCACGCCACUGUAUUACACCGAGUGUAGUAAGUAUCAGCAGCGCGACGACGCGUCACGGCCGCUACCCCGAACUCCCAGCAGUGUUGCCUCGCUUAGCGCUGGAGUUCAACAAGCAGAAAGGCAAAGGCUCCUGCAUCUCCCGUUGCGGGCACAAUCGAACGGGUGUUGCACAGCAGAGCAGUGUGGGUGGUGGAAGCAGCGGCCAGUCUGGAGGUCGUUCGUCGCGCUUGUUGGACGGUGACGAAGCCUGCCGCCCAGCGCCACUGCAAACCGAGUGAACUAGCAGCAGCACGACGACCCGUCACAACCACUACCGCAAACUCCCAGCAGUGUUGCCUCGCUUAGCACAACGAGAUGGGCCUUCUGGCGCCUGCGUUCACAGGAAUUUCGGCAAGGCGGUUCGUCCUGCGGACGGUGGAUGUUUCAUGGCGGAGACGAUCUGAUGCUAGCGACAGCAAUUCGUUCGAACAAAUCACCUCCGUGACCGUGGCGACAUCAGGGCAGGAUCUCGGUACGGGAACAAGGUCGAAAUAGAAUCCGAGUUGCCGGUGUAAAUGCAAUUGCACCUCCCGAAAGAAC